GGGAGAGCGCAGAGUAGGGAGCGAUUCCCGGUCGGGACGGGGAUGGCGGCCGGCAUGGAGUACCUGGAACGUUGCUCAUGGUUUCUCCGGACUACGCUGGUGCGGGCGGCCGUGCGGCGCUACCUGCCUUGGGCGCUGCUCGCCUUCAUGCUGGGCGGCUCUCUAGUCAAGGAGUUCUCCCCGCUGCCCCCAAGCUACCUCAGCAACAAGCGCAACGUCUUCAACGUGUAUUUUGUCAAAGUGGCCUGGGGUUGGACCUUCAUUCUCCUCCUGCCUUUCAUUGCCCUUACCAACUAUCAUCUGACAGGGAAGGCUGGUGUAGUCCUCAAGCGGCUGUGCAUACUUCUGGUGGGGACAGCGAUCUGGUAUGUCAGUACAAGUGUCUUCUUGCACAUUGAAUACUUCACAGGCAGCUGCUACAAAUCACCUGCCCUGGAGAGUGUCCAAAAGGAGUAUAACAGCAAGGAGGACUGCCGUAAAGGUGGCGGAUUCUGGCAUGGCUUUGACAUCUCUGGCCACUCCUUCCUUCUGACCUACUGUGCUCUGGUCAUUGUGGAGGAGAUGGCUGUUCUGCAAGAGGUCACGAUGGACAGGAGCCACAGCCUAUACUUCACUCUCACCUCCUUGGUCGUUGCCUUGGGCUGCUUGGCAUACAUCUGGAUUUGGAUGUUCUUUUGCACUGCUGUUUAUUUCCAUGACCUGUCCCAGAAAGUGUUCGGUACCCUGUUUGGCUUGGUAGGCUGGUAUGGAACGUAUGGGUUUUGGUACCUGAAACCCUUUUCUCCUGGACUUCCUCCUCAGAGCACCAGUCUGAAUUUGAAGCAAGAUAGUUACAAGAAAUAAAAGAAAAAUUAGGGAGGGACAAGAAGGUUAAUCUAUCUCCGUUUAUUUUGAUUAGGUAUCUUUGCUCAAUUAUCAAUCCUGUCUCACUUGACAGUUUUAGCAAGGGCAGGGGCUGGGGGAUGGCGGUCUCACAGCAAGGGAAAAGAUGAAAAACAUCUUACAUUCCCCCAAAAGAAGCUGUCUGGGAUCAUUUAAUGUAGGGGCAAUAGCUCUGACCAUGAAUUGUACUGUUCAACAAGAUUGGCCUGGGCUUUGUCUGACCGUGACCUGGGACUUCUCCUUUUUUUUUAGGUCUUUUGGGGACCAGGACUCAGAAAAAUGCUGAAGGGCUGGUUAUGCCUGGAUGCAAGGUUAAGGCCUCAGAACUGUCUUUAUCCUCUGUUGUCUCUUAGCUGCCAAUUGUCUUUUCAUUUGAGUGACUCUUAAUAUUAUUUAAACGUUUGCCUUGGAUACUCUUUGCAUAAGUCUUUCAGGCUAGGAUCUUGCCCAUGGGGGGAAAAAGCCUGGAAAAACAGUCUCCUUGUAAUAUUUACAUUUCUUCAGUUGACUGUAAAUAUUGCAGCCAGAUUCUGAUUGACUGCCUUUUAAACCGGAGUGCCUUAAAGACAAAAGUGUUAGAUAACUUUUGUGCAUUCACUGAAAGUGUGUGAUUGUCCAUCCUUGUUCUGUUGAAACUAUGAGAAUUCUUGUUUCUUUAAAUUCUGUAAAAAUGCUGGCAGUAACUAGGUGGUUGGUUAAAGCCUAAAAUCAUGUUCUUAAGGUUUACAAACCCCCAGUCAUGUCUUUUGUUAUAAAUUUAAAUUGUUUUGUUU